GUGGUAGAGGCACACUGUUAUGGCCGAUGGGGGUAGUUCUCUCUCUCCAUCCCUUAACCAGCGCCAUCGCGCCAUCUCCGUGAACUAGAGUCCUGAAGACUCGGGGGUUUCUCUGUCUUAUAACCUUAUCCUGGGCUGCGUGCUCGUGUGAAGUGACACGUUUUCCACUGGCUCCGGUAAUUUUUCAUUUUCACCUCAACAUUCGCUCGAUGAUAAUUAAUUAUUCGCGGAUAGAUUGUCGAUAGCCGGAGUGAUCAAUGGAAUGAUUGGUCUCGAGUGGUGAUCGAUUAUCGAUGAUUCGAGGGAAUAAUAUUUUUCGUUGACGAUCGUUCGGUUGUUUUAUUUAAUUUUUUUUUUCCGGUAUUUUCUUCGUAUUUUCGUCCCUCUGACGUGUAGUGAGGAGAUUCGAUUGCGCGUGACUCGUCAAGGCCACGCGCUAGGGACGAGGGGCGCGAGGGGGGAGAUAAAAAGGGGAUGAAAGGAGGUGAAUAAAAAACGAACAAGAACUGUUAACCUCUGCCGUGCGCCGCGUUUGAACAUUACGCAGUACAGAGAGUUUUUGUGUUAUUGUGAUUGCAGAGUGUGCGGGGCAAACUGAAAAUAGUCGAGGGCACAUCGUACACUUGAGCGUUUAGAAAAUACAAACAAACGGGAGGAAAUCCGGGAGACAAUACGCGGUGAUUCUUCAUGGUGUUUUCCGAAUGAUAAACCGAGCGAGGCCGAGGGCGUCCCGUACAACAACUCUGAUAACCGGCACCUCAUUGGCGCGGUAACAGACCCAUUCGUUAUAGUCGAGUUUCUGUGAUACCUAUGUUGUGCGGUGAACUUUUAAACGGUGGCUUCGUGAGUGCGGGUGCGGUACCCGCGGUACCCUGUGGUCUCCUUGGCCUCUGGAUACCUGGUUGUGUACGUGGAACAAGCCCACGUUUACUUACAUCCCCCUAUUUACCUCUGCUGGCUGAACUCCUUGCUGCUGGCUAUCUGGAGGAACGGCAUCUCGAGUGCCAGUCCAAUAUCGAGGACAUGGACCUCGUAACGCGCAAUCAGCAUUCAAAUACCAAUGGACAAUCCUCAGAUCUCGAUCUUGACCUCGACAACGACGAGAGUGCCUUCCUCGAGAACGGCCUCUUGUCCUUUGAAAAUCCCAACUACCAGUUGGAAUCAGCGCGCUUCGACGAUGCUCUCAACAGUAAUGGCACCGGUAACUCGUUAUUCGAUGAGUUUUAUCAAGAGUUGGUGGUAGGUGGUGGCAGAAAUGGUGAAGUUACAGGUGGAAGUGGUGGACGACACGCACGCAGAACGUAUGCGGCACUAGACCUGGGUAGCAUGGGGGUUGAUGUUACACAGGGACCACUGACACAGGAGCCAGUGGGUGCAGAAACACCGGACAAUACAGCCAAUCACAAUCUUGGGUAUGGCAGCGAGGGGGCGGAGAUAGCGGAGUCGGCGCUGGUUGACGACAGUCUCAAUGGGAAUCCUACACCGUCAUCGGCACUGCCCAAGCCAUCCGCGACCCUCGAUGCCGCUAGUUCAGACCACAACGUCAGAAAUUACUGCGAGAAAGCUGAUAACGAGCCAACAGACAUGGGUGGUGUACCCCACGUGGAGGAGGCCCUGAACAGUGACAUCUACGCGAUUCCCGUGAAGAGGCGUCAGCCGAAGGAGCCGAAAAAUGUCAGUCCAUCGCAGAACACAACCGACAAAAUCAUCGACGGCCGGGACUCCGAGACGAAGGACGAGAAUCUUCCAGCCGGAUGGGAGAAACAUGAGGACAAGGACGGCCCCUACUACUGGCACAUUAAGAGUGGGACCAUUCAGAGGGAACCGCCCGAAGUACCGCUCAACUCGAAGAUCGAGAAUCGAAAGAGUUUUGUCAAAGAUCAAGACAGUAUCAGCAAUUUUCACUCGCUCGGUAGCAUGGUAAACACAGUAACAAGAAGUAACACAAGUUCAGCCCUAGAUCAGGAAGUGGAGAGCAAGCGGAAAGAGGAACUGGCAUUGAAGAGAAGGAGUUACCCAGCUAGGGCUGACUCCGAAGGCCGCGACAAACCGAUUAGGUUUGCGGUGAGAUCCCUCGGAUGGACGGAAAUUGCUGAGGAGGAUUUGACACCGGAGAGGAGUAGCAAGGCUGUUAACAAGUGUAUCGUUGAUCUGUCACUGGGGAGAAACGAUCUCCUGGACGUUGUGGGACGUUGGGGAGAUGGAAAGGAUCUGUUCAUGGAUCUUGAUGAGGGAGCACUCAAGCUGAUUGAUCCUGAGAAUCUUACGGUACUUAAUACUCAACCUAUUCAUACUUUGAGGGUCUGGGGAGUUGGAAGAGAUCACGGACGGGACUUUGCCUACGUAGCGAGAGAUAGAUCGACUCGAAAAUUCAUGUGUCACGUAUUCAGAUGCGACAUUCCAGCCCGAACAAUCGCCAACACCUUGCGCGACAUCUGCAAGAAGAUCAUGAUCGAACGUUCACUCCAUCAGAACCUGGCUAAACCAGUGGACAUCAAUGGAAGAACGAGUCUCGCAACGAGACCGACAAAUUUACCUACCGAACAUCGCCGGUUUCACAGAAACGAUCAGCCUCUUGUCACGCAAUCAUUCCCCACCCCAAUGGAGGAGCCGAAGAAGGUCCUCCGUGCCCAGUACCUCGGUUCAAUGCAAGUGACGGCGGCCUCAGGUAUGGAGGUUCUCAACGACGCGAUAGACCAUACGGUCACAAAUACCCCCAUCAAUCAGUGGCGAAACGUCAACGUUGCGGUUGCACCCAGCAUGAUCUCUAUACUGACACCAAACGAUGACAAACUGAUAACUGAGUGCCGCGUUCGCUAUCUGUCGUUCCUUGGUAUUGGAAGAAACGUUAAACAAUGUGCAUUCAUAAUGCAUACAGCACAGGAUCUAUUCAUAGCACAUAUAUUUAAUUGUGAGCCGAGUAGUGGAGCACUUUGUAAAACUAUUGAAGCCGCCUGCAAGCUGAGGUAUCAGAAGUGUCUCGAUGCCCAUCCACAGGGCUUCAGAAAUUCCAGUAGUCUCAGUACACCGAGUGGACGGGGAAUUGGUGCAACGUUGAAAUCACUUGUGGGAUCACUCACAGGGAGGAGAAAUAAACAGGGUGAAUCCUGAGACGAGGCUCUCUCGCUGCAGGAGCUGUGGCCACUGCCUGCCGAGCGAGAGGUGAUAAGACACAGGCAUCUCCAAUCCCCGUUGACACUUAAAUACUUCGGGGGUUCCCCGCCGAGCGCCUCACUGAGGUCCCUGCUAUCGCCCUCGUUGGACACGAGACGCAUUCAGCUUGCCCGCUGGGAGUCCAAUCCCUAGAGGACAACCAACCUCCCAUUUACGCAGGUAGAGUGCAACAAAGAUUAUUAAUCGUUAUACAAGGAUGAAGGUACCAGUGAUAAAACUGUCGAGAGAUUGGGUGACUCCGUUGAUCCUCAGAAAAAAAAUAUGAGGAAAGUCCAGUUUAAAAAAAAAUUAUGAACCAGGCAAAUUUAACCAGAAAAUAAAAAAAUACAGAUCAACCGACAAAAAUAAAACGUCACGCUUCAGGCGAUAAUUCGCAUCGACGCUGCAAAUAAUAAAAUAAAUUAAUGAAAAAAAAAAACAAUGUGUAAACGCCACGAUUCCAAUCGGUGGGAUCAUGCUUAUACGUAUUGUCGAUAUGAUGUUUCUAUGUAAUGUCUUCGAACUUUUCGUAUGGCGCCCAAUCAAGUGUUGCUUGUCCUCAAGAAUUUAAAAAAAAAAUGCGUCUCUUUCUCGACUCUGGUAAUAAAAGAAUUAGAUAGUUAACGUUGCUAAAUUUAUCAGAGUGAAUAUGUUUUGCUAAAAAUGAAAGAUAAAGAUGAAUAAUCCUGUAUAUAGUUCAAUGAUUGUAAUGAAUCUAUAGGCGUUUUUGCGGGGCGUGAGAGGGGGGAGGAGAGGAAGAGGAGGAGGGAGGGAGGGAGGUGUCAGAGAUGAGAUGGGACGGAUGAUAAUGUGGUUAUUGCGCUGCGAGACUGUCGUACCGGGCAUUUCGAGGAGCUAUAGAGGAGCUUAUCGUAAUAUAAUAUACGUAUUCCCCAGUGUACAGACUCUAUGAGAAUGCUUUCAUGCUGAGUGGAGAAAGAAUGAUACAUCCGGACUCUUGACACAUACACAGGUGGAAGAUAAUUUUUUAGAAGAGUCUGGGAAUUUUAUAGAGCAGAAAAAAUUAUUGAAGAACUGGGGGAAUUUGAUAUUUGAAUUUCUGGUGAGAGAUGCCUCUGAGGUAUGACUGAACAAUACGAUGGGAAUUCAAUAGAAUUUUUUUAUCAGUUCACUCAGUUGAAUAGCAGAUUAUUUCUCGGAAUCUUUGCAGAAGUUCCUCUGCAUGAACUCUCGCAAGGUCUCAGGGAUGUUCUUCGAGAAUUCCGAUGGAAUUUUUUUGGGGAAAAAUCCUGGAGUCUUUUAGGAAAUUAUUUCGAAAACAUGUAACAAUGCUGUGGUGACACAUUCACGAUAUCGAACUCGUUCGAUACAAAUACCCUGCCACUUCACAAUAUCCCAAACAUCUCACACGAUUAAAAUUUAAUGUUGAAUAAAAAUCACAUAAGUUGAUAGGGGACUUAUUUUUUAUGCAGAAAAAAAAAGAAAAAAAAAUAUAGGUGAGCUUGCGUAAGAAGUGAUAUGACAAAUAUUAGAGCGACAGAUUUUUGGGGUCGUAAAAAGUAUUAUUGAUAUUCAAUUGAAUAGCCCGAAGUCGAUGAAAAUCAGUGAGUAUUUGAAAAUUUUUGAUGAAAAAAAAAUAUGUGUCUAAAUUUUGGGAUAAUAGGAUGUUUAUAUUGAUUGAUUAUGCUCACGUGUGAUUAAUCCGAGCGAACAGAUGAAUGAGAGGUUCAUCAAUGUGGAAAAAAAUACCUACGUAGAUGAUAAAAAAAAACGAGAUACGAACAAGACAUGGAACAAAGCUUUUAUCCAGCUGAUGAACGAACAAACCCCUGUCCCAUUGUUCUUAAUAACUCGAAAUGUCUUGAAACUAUUGAAAGUUAGAGUCCAGUGCUCUGUCACGCCUCUAUAAAAGUAAAGAUAAGGGAAUAAAUCAAGGUCAAGGGAAACGAGUAGUAUGAAUUGAUAAUAGUGAAUGGGAAUGAGGUUGAUGUUGAGAGAGAUGGGAUCAAGAUUGAUGUCGAGACAUCGAGUAGAAAAGAUAAUUAAUAAUAAAAUUAAAUAACAGGACGACAAUUCAACCUUCACACGUCGGAGUGAAUGAUUAACUAAUCAUCAGUAUCAUCGUUGUAAAUAUGGAAACGCUGACCCUUUAAUUGUGACUUGAAACAGUAGUUGUGCGAGAGAAGUGAAUGAGAUCGGUUGAUAUUUCCCUGAGACUUGCCCAGUGCAUGAGUGAAUGAUAUUAUGUAAUGGGAUGGAAUAAAGUGAAUUUUCUCGUACCCAACGGGCACUCGCUCCUGUCCUCGAGCGAAUUCCUUGAGGAUUUUACGGGGUAGAAGUGGGUGAGAGGAAAUCCACUCUAUCGAAAUUAUAAUAUGCAUAACAGAACGAGACGUCAUCGCAACGUUUCGAGUAUUUAGAUGUAAAACACGAAAUCACCACAGCAACAAUAAAUUUAUAAAUUCACAUGCGCAGCAGAUGACGGGACUCAAGAGAGAGAUUUUUAAAAUUUUAAUUACGGGAAAUUUACAUUUGAUUUUGUUUAGUUGGGAUUCCUGUCUCAAAUUCAAUUAUAUAUAUUAUAUAUAUUUUUUUUCAAGGACAAAGUCCGUUGUAAUUUAAAAAAAAACCGAACGUUAAAGUUAUUUAGAGAUUUUUAAUUGGACAUUUUCUUAUUCGCGCAAAUGCACGAAAUAUCUCAAUGAUGUACGUCAUGUGCUCCAGACACUCACCACGAGAGAGUGAAAUAUAUGUAUUUAACGCCUUAAUUUCGUUCCAUUCAUCAACGUACACAAGAGACAGGAAGGAUUUUCAUAAAAGAAAAUUUUUCAAGAGAAUGACAACCAGUGAAUAUUAAUCCGAAUCGUGUUCGAACAAUAAACCACCUUAAACGAGCGAGGGGAGAUCGACCGUUCGCUGGCGAUGGAUAUUAAUGUAUUAAUUAAGUAAAUAAUGAGCAUUGCGCUGUGUAUGUAAAUCCGCUCCCUGUGUGUCUCUCUAGACAUUUGAUAUUUAAUUUUAAAAUGUGAGGAUUGGAGGGAAAAUUUUCAUGGAUAACACGACGAAAUAUUUGUAGAUAUUUUUCCGUACGUGUUUAUUGUUUAACUGAGGACUGAACAUGGAGAAAAAAGUUCGUUAAAAAUUAUCCUAACAUCGGCCCACAUUUUAACGGCCGAAAGAUCAUCGUGGGGUGAAAAUUGAAUGAGUAAUUACGGCUCGUUGACGUGACCGCUGGAACUAAAAUUUUUCUCCCUAUAAAAAUUAAUUUUAAAAUACAUUCAACAUCACAUUCAAUUCAUCACAUAAAUUUCCAGUGAAUCGACUGGACAAUUGGAAUUUUCACAUAAUGAGAAUAAUUUUUCUCCAUCUUUUUUCUCCCUGAACAAAACUGCACUAGCACGACAUUCGAAUGGAGAUGUUAUUAAUGAUGGAUUAACUGAAUGAUAUAAAAAUACUCACGAGGCACACGACAUUCGUGUAAAUUCCCUCUCGAUGAUUACUAGAUCGAGGGAUCAUUGAGACAAAUAACCGAGGCCCGAGGACAACUCAAAGUCACGUAAAAUGAUGACUAUUAGUAAUGACAUCUAAUAUAAUUAACUGUGAAUUUUAAUAACCCUCUAAAGUUGUAUGGUUACGAAAAAAAAAAAUCAUGACUUAAUUAAAUACACUACCAAUAGAGUGGGGGAAGUGAGAAAUCAUUGUUCUGCACAAAAGGAGAAGACACGAGAAAGCUUCAUCGAUAAUUAGGGUUUUAAAUCGAAAUAAAACCUCUGUGUUGUCCCCAAUGAGAAAAUUUUGAGUGAAUCAUGUCCAGUCAUAAAAAUUUUUCAUCCUUCGCGCAUUGUUAUCGAUAAUUUUGAUUUUUACAUAUGUAAGAGGACAAUGAGAUUCCCUGGACACUUCGACGUCAUUUCAUGAGACAAGAAGAUGAGGCACAGUGAUGAGCUUUUGAAAAAAAAAAAUGAGUUACAAAAUGAGAUAUAUUGAAUGAAAGACGAGAGAAAGAGUCGAGGAAAAUUCACUUUGAUAUGCACCCGCCCACUGUACACGCCCAUUCGUAUGCGUAGUCGGUUCGAACCGAUUAUUAUAACAGAAAACGUAAAAAAAUGGAUUAAAAACGUAAAAAAAAAAUUACCAAGGAUAUUAUAAAGCAAACCGAAUGAAAUAAUGUAGCUACACCUGCCUCUUGUGAAUAAAUGCCUGUUUGUUUCUUUUCAAAUGAA